UGCUGAAGCAUCUCCUUGACUGCAGUUGUGACUGAAGAAUCUCACUAGCUUCAAGACCGAUGGCAACUCUUCUCACUUUAGUGGGGCUGCUCUGCUUCUGUGGUCUCUCUCUAAGCAACGGAUGUAAACGGGAACUUCUGGUGAAUGUAGAUUUUCCAGGACAGGACAUAACACGUCUCUUCUCUCCUGACACCAAGCACUGUCAGCAACUGUGCACCCAGCACUCCUCCUGUCGCUUCUUCAGUUUUAUCCGGUCUGACUGGACCAAAGAUAAGAGCCAAUUCUUCUGCCACCUCAAAGGCAGCCACACUGGACAGCCUAAAGUUCAGAAACAUGUAGUGGGAAUCACCUCUGGCUUUUCUCUCAAAUCGUGUCACCCAGACCCACUGCCUUGUCUGCCUCAUGUGUACCAUGACGUGGACUUCUACGGGGCAGACUUCAGAAGCUUGUUCACAGCAGACUAUGAGGAGUGUCAGAGAGCCUGCACAAGUGAUCCUACCUGUCAGUUCUUUACUUUUCUCACACAUACCUUUCCAGCUUCAAAGUACAGGUAUAAGUGCCACCUUAAAUUCAGCUCUACCGUGCCUGGGUCACCUGUAAUAGUUCGAACUGGUCCUGUAAUAUCUGGAUUCUCUCACAGUAUAGGAGACAUAUCUAAAAAAUGUAGCACAGCAUGUGAGGGCAAGCUGUUUCCAAACACUGACAUCACAAUGCACAGCAUCAAUGUUCCACUUGCUGCCUCUCCUGAACACUGUCAGGCAUUGUGCUCUGCUCAUCCACUCUGCACCUCCUUUACAUACGUCAGCGCUGAUUUUAAAUGUCACAUGAAGGGCAGUACACAAGAAUUAAUCACCCGACCUAGAAAGGGAUUCACAUCUGGGUUACCUGUGCGCUUCUGUCAUCUGCAUAACAAAUGGCUGAAGAAAAUUUAUGCAGGAAUAAAUUUCCCGCAUAACGACAUUCGACAUUUCCAGUCGUACAACUUUGGGACAUGCCAGAAAACCUGUACCGCGGAUCCCAACUGCCAGUUCUUCAGCUAUGUAACUGACAAGUCCCCUGCCAGGCGCCUCUGCUUCCUUAAGCGUGUUAUCACCAUGCCUGCUCCUCCGAGAAUUACCAAAUUGGCCAAUGCUGUGUCUGGAUUCUCCCUGAAGAACUGUCACUAAAAAGUCAUUGUUUGAAUCCAAAAAUUCAAUAAACAGAUACUGAGAUAAAUGCAUAAACACACAUAAUCCAUCCAAUCAACAUCAACACAAUUAACCUAUAAUUAACAUAUAAUCAUUGUAAUCAAUAUCAAUGUAAUUCACAUAUAAUCAUUGUAAUCAAUAUCAAUAUAAUUCACACAUAAUCAAUGCAAUCAAUAUGAGUGUAAUCAAUAUAUAAUCCAAUAA